AUGGAAAAUAUCAUAGAGUCUGGAAGUCAACCUUCUAAAUCUUCAAUUGAUGGGUCUACAGUGGUGGAAGGCCAAACUGUUGACACAAAUAAUCAACAGAAUGUGCAACCUACUACUGCAGUUCCUGAGAAGAAGAGGAAGAUUGUUGAGUCCAGAUCUCCAGUGUGGGAUCAUUAUGAAAAAAUUAAGGAUAGUACUGGUGUUACUAUCAAAGGCAAGUGUAUAUAUUGUGCCAAAAUAUAUCAAUGUCAGUCUAAAAAGCAUGGUACUACCUCCUUGAGAAACCACAUGCUUAGCUGUCUGAAAAACCCCCACUCUAAAGACACUAGACAAUCACUAUUAACCUUUCAAGCUAUUACAAAUUCUGAUGCAUCUCCUGCUACUGUUGGUGAGUUAGGAACUUGGGUCUUUAACCAGGAAGCUAUUAGGAGGGCCUUGGUUGAAAUGAUUAUAAUUGAUGAACUGCCUUUUAGAUUUGUGGAGGGUCCAGGGUUUAGGAAGUUCAUUCUGGUGGCUUGUCCUAGGUUUAAGAUUCCAUCUAGAUGGACAAUUAGUAGGGACAUCAAUCUGAUUUAUGAAGAGGAAAGAUUGAAGUUGAAAUGUGUUUUUAGGGGGAACACUCAAAGAGUCAGUAUUACAACUGACACUUGGACUUCUAUUCAGAGAAUUAACUACAUGGUAGUGACUGCCCAUUUUAUAGAUGAAGAGUGGAAGCUUAACAAGAAGAUUAUCUCAUUUGUCCCUAUUACAUCACAUAAGGGUGAGGCUGUAGCAAAAGUCCUUGAAACCUGUUUGCUUGAUUGGGGGAUUAGGAAUGUGUAUAGUAUAACUGUAGACAAUGCUUCAUCUAAUGACACUGCUAUAGGUUUUUUAAAAAAGAAAUUGAUGUCUUGGGGAACAUCUACUGUGAAGGGCAAGUAUAUUCACAUGAGAUGUAUUGCCCAUAUUCUGAACCUUGUUGUCCAAGAUGGCUUGAAACAAUGUGAUUCUUCUGUGAAGAGGGUAAGGGAGGCUGUAAGAUAUGUGAGGAGUUCACCUACUAGACUUAAGAAAUUUAGGGACUUGGCUGAGUGGAAUGGGAUUGAAUAG